AGGAAAUCAUGCUGAACUGCACAUUUCCGUAGCAUCUGUUUCUUUCACUUAUCACCCCCAGACACCUGAACCCACUAUCUACUUUGGAGUUGAAACAAAAGCCACAACAACACUGGCAGUGCAAUGCUACUUCUACUGUGUCAGCUCUUCUUUAUGAAGAUAAGCGCAGAGGACGCAACAGUGACACUGUAUCGUAUGGAAGGACAGUCGGUGUGUCUAGACCCAGGAGAUCAGCCACCAUUUGAAUCUGCAAAAUGGACUCUAGGAAAGAAAAUUAUUGUUUCAAACGAUAAAAUGAAUCCUGGUUUUGAAAAGAAAAUGGAUUACAAACCCAAUUCCACAUUAUGCAUUAACAAUUUGAUUGAGAAAGACACUGGAAAUUAUGUAUUUUCCCAUGACCGAAACUUUACCAGCUUAGAGAAAACAAACCGACUUAUAAUUCAAGCUGCAGUUCCUAAACCUGCUUUGAGUGUCAUUGUGGAGAAGGCCAAUGCAUCCACGGAUGUUUGCAUCUUCGCUGUGAACUGUUCUGUCCAAUACCAAGAUGAGCUCCUCUGGCUUAAGUCCGAGUGUGACAAAGAAUCCUGUCGAUCUGUCAACAAAUCCUUCCCUGAAAUCAACAUCACCAUCUCCAGUCACAACAGAAGUCUCACCUGCACCAGCAACAAUCACGUCAGCUCAAAAGAGGAUUCACGAGAGAUAGACGGAUUUUGUUUCAGUCCUAGACGCGAAGAGACCCCUACUUGGUCUGUGUCCAAGGAUGUUAAUUGGAUACUGAUUGUAAUUUGUUCAGUCACUGCUGGAGGCCUAUUCAUAUUGUUUUGUUUUGGAGCCAUGUUUAUUGUAGCAAGACGUAAAAAACAGCCGCGGGUGAUACAAAGUCAACCAUUUGAGCAGCCUUCUCAGCCAAGAACGUCAACAUCUUCAACUCAAGCCAACUCCUACGAAAACAUGGAUUCAGAAAACUCAAACGAAACAUCGGACCAAGAGACGGAAAACGUCAAACCACAAACUGUUUACUGUGUGUUGGAGCCACGACCAUCAUCAGAGGAACCAAGAGACCAGCCUGACCAAACCCAUACAGUGUACAGUGUGAUCAAAAUGCCCCAAAUCUGAAGACACAGCGCCAUCUGCAGGCCAAGAACACAACAGCAGCAGAAAUGAAAAUGAAAUUAAAAGAGACAGUUGGAGCUUUGUGAUGUUGUGUUGAGUUGGACUAAAAAGGCCUUGAUGUAAUUACUGCACCAAUUUAAAAAAAAUAAUAAAAAUAAUAAAAAAUAAUGUCAGUU